UUAAGAACUCCAGGAUCUUAUGUAACCAGCACUGCCAGUAGCAAGCAAACCACUUCCAACGGCGUUGCGAACGUCGUGUAUUCAACGGGAGUGGAGGACCAAAGUAGUGGUCGGAAAGGCACGUCCUCGUCUAGUGUGGCUGCCGUGGCGGGAGGUACAAGUAUUAUGGUGGUUCCUUCAAUAACUACAACAGCAGCACCCUUCAUUCAAACGGCGGUAACUGCAGGUCUGUCGCAUCAGCCUACUGCAAAUGCUGGAGAUGCAAGUGUUGUCUCUCCUGAUCUUCUCGUUGUUGCUGUUGAACCAAAAGCAGAGCAACAACCACAACCAGGCGUGUGGACCUCGACUAGCCAAGAAGCAUCACCUUUAUCGUCGGCCAGCGCUAACUUACCUGGUGGAGGAAAUGUUAGGAGAUUGAGAUGAACUCUAUACAACUCUCAUCUAACAAGAAAACUAUCCAAAUGUAUGUAUAGGACUGACUCAUAAUAUCGCUUAAGCCCCAUCCUACUCUAACCACGUCUUGGAUCGAGAGCAGCAAGUCCGUUACUUGCGGGAACAACUUUCGAGGGAACAGCAUGACGCGAGCAUUACCCAGGCUGGGACGCAACAGCAACAGCAGUUGAUGAACAUGCAGUUGUUACAACUUCAACAACAGCAACAGGGCGUCGCAGAACAAGGUCAGCAGUCGUAUCAGCAAAUACAAUUGCAGCAUGGAGGACUACAACAUCAACAGCAAAUGAGUCUACAGCAAAUGUCUGCACAACAAAUGUCUGGUGCACAACAGAUGCUUGCACAACAAGUCAUGAAGCCCCAGCAAAUGAGCCUACAGCAAAUAGGCCCAACAAAUUCUUCCAUGGCCAACAUGAUGGCGAGCCCCGUUUCUCAACCAGGAGGCAUGUUUCAUGCAUUGAAUAGCGGCGGUUUUGUGCUGCCAGGAGAACAGCCCCUUGCUUCAUCUAAUCUUGUUUCAUCUGCAAGUGCGUUUGGUGCGCCUCCAAAUAUGUAUGCGCAGUCGACUGGGGGAGGGAGUGGCUUCAAUCAACCCAACCAAAACAUGAACAUGUUUCACUCGGGUUUCUCUACAACCGCAGCUCAGCAACAAUCACAGCAGCCACCACCUCUUCACCUACCUCCAAGGCCUCAUCUGCUAGAGGUUUACUUCAAUGACCUAUCCCUCACAGAAGACUCUGGCUUCCCCGAGAAAAGCUAUUUCUCAUCAAGUCGCUACGGCGUUCGAGGUCGGACCUUACCCGCAAACCAACCGUUGGCGCAAAUCCGCUGGCCCGCGAAGGAGAGGGAAAUCACCAUCAGAGAGGACAUUGGAAAAUGUGCGGUGAUCUCGGAACCAUUCGAAAAAGGAAAGAAGGAAGAGUCUCAUCCUGGAUCUAGCAGUACUAACUGUGUCUCAACAGGAGGCUCUUCUAUGCGAAUCGCUUUCAAGCAAGCGAGUCAAGCGACCUCUGGCGGUUCGUCCUCUAGUUCGGGUUUGCGCACACAGAGACGGAUGAACGCUAGUACACCAAGUACUGAGAAUUGGGUUAAGACAUUCACUUCAAUCAUAAGAGCUUCCUGUUCCUACUCGUCUUACUUUGGUUACUUCUAUCUAGUUGAAGGAUGAAAAAGUUCUCUUAAUACUGCUCUAAUUCCAAAGUCCUCGCCAGUGUAGUCGACCGAGACGACCCGGAGAAGAAUAAGAAAGCUGUGGCAUCUUCAAACCGAAAAUCGCGAGGCAGGAGAAAGAGCGCUUCCAACACAGGAGAUGACGAUGAUGUUGACUACUUCUCUAUCCGACCCCAACAAGACGGUACUGCUGCUUUACGGGAAUUCUCGAGUCUUGACGCUGAUCGAACUGCUCGUGAGCCAGAUUUGAUACUGCUAAGACCGGAAGCACGACACGAAUUUCUGCUUCUAGAGGUGUGGCUUUUGUCAGAAUCUUUGACAUCCUCUGAACAACGUUUGGUUGGCAGAGUAGGGAUUGAUCUCAGAGCAGCAUUGCAGGGUUUGGCUUACACGUUACAAGAACACGGACAUCCGAUUUAUAGUCGCGAUUUGGACAUAGUCGGACGCAUCUAUCUGCGCAAUUUGAUGUGCAAUACUGUACCUGAAGCAAUCCAUGCUUCAAAUAUUAGGUCAGAGUACCAGGCGCGCACAGAAAUCGAACUGGAAUGGAUGACCACGACUAGCACUGGCAAUAUUGGCAUGACAGGAACACCAAGCACCUCUUCUUCAUCCUCAUCCCUACACAUCACAAGCUAUUCUGUCUUCCGAUUGAGCAAAAACGACCGCAGCAGUUACGAACUAGUCGAAGACAACGUGAGGAAUUGCCGCUACCUAGUCGCUGACGGGCUAAAGGGAAAUACAGAGUAUUCCUUUCACGUAACUGCGAACAACGCGUGUGGAGUUGGCAUGCUAGACGCUGAGCCAUUUGUGGUUCGAACAGCACCGACAGAGCCGGAUAGUGUUGAAGCAGACACAGUCAGCGUUGAGGUAGGGAGUAAGGUAUUGUAACUCAGCUGUUUGUGAAUAUGUUGUGAGAGGACGAAUCAUGAACUUCAAUUUCUCCUACAAAAAUAAUAUGAUGUGAUGAACAGUUUCAAAAAUUUCAAAAAACCUUUGCUUCACAUCCUUCAGGACGCAUCCGCCACAGCUACCACUGGCAGCACACCUCCCAUCGACCUUUGCUUCCCGCGUCCCCGAUCUGAUGGAGGCUCGCCACUUCUGUUUUUUCGCGUGUGGAUGUGCAAGGUACCGAAUUGUAGUUGGUGGACAGAUGUGCUGCCGAAAAAUCCAAAAUGGGUCGACAUGGGUUCAAUCAGUGCGUAUGAUGGCGAUGCAAAAUGCGAUACUUUUCGGUGCAGGAUAACGCCAACUUUAUGGUUUCAACUUUCGUUUAGGUGUAUUUUUUAGAAAGAAUCAAGAGUCAUACAUGAUUCUCUUUCUUUGAAAGACGCUCACGAUCAUGUAAUAGAAGCCAGGCCUCUUUUCGAACCUACACCUAGUCUCUCUUCUAAGACUGGAAAAAACUGCACGCUACAGCUUCAAGAUAUUCGCGGUGAACAGGGUUGGGUACAGCAAGAUGCCAACGGAAACAAAAUGCGUGUAUGUUUAGCAUCUAUUUUCUUGAAAGAAUAUCAUUUAGGAGCGCGGAU